CCAUGUCCAGCCGAGGAGGAACUUGUCAAAAAUCGUGACCGCCUUCUGGAGGUCAACGUCAAAAUCACACGAGCCUCGACACGUCACGCGUUAACCUGAAGUAACAAUGGCUUCACAUUGUGUGGGUGAAAGUGAUGGACUGACCUUCUAUCUGGCGAGACCAGAGGAUUACGAUGACGUGAUGGCCAUAUCACACGACAUAUACGGUGGCAUGGACUAUCUCCCGCAUCGCUAUCACUCCUGGAUAACUGAGCCAGGAAGAGUGGUUAUUAUAGCACGCAGAGAUGAGAAGCUGGUGGCGCUGGAGUCAGGCCUGGUGGUUGACGGAGGUGAAACUGUGGUAGUUGAAGGACUGAGAGUUAGUCCUCAUGAAAGAGGCUGUGGUCUGGCUGGAGUCAUCCAGACAUUUGCUGAUGGCUACGUAAAGAAGAUCCAUCCCAGAGUGAAGAGUAAACGCCUCACCAGAGGAGAUGAUCCCGGGCCUGAGAAACUGCGCAAGUUCACACUUCUGGCCAGACGGGCCGUUCUCUCACUAUGGGGGAAAUCUGAGGGUUUUGAUGGCUUCGUCUCCAGUCUGAAGGAGAAACUGCUGGCGUCAGGUGUGUCAAACAGCAGCUUUAGGCCUUUAGUGUCAGUGCAGGACUCAGGUGCUCUGCAGGCGGUUCUUCUGGAUCCAGAUCUGCCCUCCAGGCUUCAGCUUCCAGGCGCCGCUCUCAUCCAGGACUGGCAGCCCUUGAGGCUCGUGCAGAGUAACCUUCAGAUUUUGGCAAGGCGAGAUUUGACAUGGUUUAUAGAUGGCUCUGGUGAGAAACCGAUGUUUUUGAGUUUACACACGCCUCUGUAUCCUGUUCCAUUUGACGGAGGGUCUCUGCGUUUUAAUAUCGAUCUGUACGGGACAGAUCCUUCUUUAGCAAAGAUGGCACUAACAGCUCACCUGGACAGAGUGAAGAGUGACCUUCAGGGCAUGGUGGUGGUUCAUAUUUACAUGCAUCAGACUCUGUGGAAAGAGUUACAGCAGUUCUGUGAGGGUCAUGAGAUGGUCAGGCAGUUCAGGGAUUACUGGGAGCAGCUGUUUUUGGAAAGAGAUAUAUAAAUAUUUUUAGAGAUCAUGGAGAAAAGGUGCCCAUGAUACAGAAGAAACCUCUUUAGAUGAUUUUUUGAACAAAAUGAAGUAAGAUUCGGAUGAAGAAUUUGUUCAACACAUUAAGUUAGUCUGAAUUUAAAUCAGUCUUACUUUAACAGAUGCUGAUGUUGGAAAACAUGCAUUGGUAUCUGCAUACCUCAUCACUGUAAUCAGAUGUAUACUGUAUAGAUUUUUUUUAGACUUUUUUCAGAAUGCUUUUUGAAGUUUGAAUAGCUGCAUUAUUAAAUAAAAAAGUCAAAAUUAUUAUUGUAAAACAUUUUCUGAAUAAUUUUUCAUAUUUUAUUAUAAUUUAUUUCAUUUUAUACAUGUUUUACAAGCCUCUAGAAAUCACGCUAAGGUGCUGAUUUGGUGCUCAAGAAGCAUUUAUUAUUAUAAUUCAGAUAAGACCAAAGUAGUGCCAGUGGGCCAAAGUUGGCGCAUGAUAACCUUUGAUUUGGCCCACCGUACCAUUUGAGAAAAGAUGUGGAAUGAUGGUAAGGUUGGAGCGAAUGCCUUUAAAAGAAAUUGUUAUUUCUAAGUUAACAUAACCAUUUGUUCAAUUGUUUAAUUGUUGAGCUACAAAAAAAUAGUUCAAAUUAAAUGUUGUGAAUAAAUCAGAUUUUUUAAAAAUGUAAAUACUGUUACUUGACAAUUAGAGGACAAUGUACAAGACAUCGAUGAGCAAAUCAAGGCAAAGGCAGGUGCAGCUUAACUACAGUAUUCAGCACUGAACUCCAUUGUGUUAUAAAUGAGAUUGUUUAUGGUUUUAUUGUAAAAUGGAUGAUAUUCAGUGCUGGAAAUGUUUGAGUAUGUUAGUGAAAGGAGCAGAUGAUGUUAGAAAUUGACUAAAAUAAUAAAUAAUAGCCACUAGAUUCACUGCUGUUACUUUCAUAGUGCUUAAGUUCAGAUAGCAGCAUAUUUAACAUUUAUAAAUUAAGUCAGAUCUUAAUUUCAAUAAUCAUGUCAAAGUAAAUCAGCACACUAUCUUCUCUAAAACAUUGCAAGAAUUAGAUGCUUUGUUUCCAGGACUUAAAGAAACUUGUUUAUGCUUUUAUCACCAGUAGGGUGGAUUACUGUAAUGGACUCCUCACUGGCCUCCUCACGUUUUUUUAUUAUUUUAAUCAUUUUAAUUUUCUUAUUUCUUUUAUUCUUGUUUAUGUAAAACACUCUGAACUACUAUUGUGUAUGAAAUGUGCUAUAUAAAUAAACUUGCCUUGCCUUUAA